AAAGGCGACACACGCAGAUAAGAUUUUUGUUGCCGCCACCAACCAAACCCAAGGCCCAUUAAGCACGCACGGCCAUGGCGCCCACCCGGUGGCCACCCCUCCUCCUCCUCCUCCUCUUCCUCCUUGCCGCCGCGACGGCGACGGCGACGGCGACGGGCAACGCGCUGCCGCCGGAGCCGAAGCCGGCGCGGUGGCCGGACGUCUUCCACGCGAGGCUGUUCACGAACCUGACCAACCACUCCGCCGCGUCGACGGGGCCACCGCUGCGUGUCGCCGACCUCUACUACGACUGGUCGCGGCGGCGCAACCUCAACCUGAUCCGCUACCAGCUCGCCGCCGCCGACGACCCGCUCUACGACGUCGAGUGGGACAACGGCACCACCUUCUACUUCGACUCCCGCUCCUGCCGCACCGAGCGCUUCCCCGUCGGCGUGCUCCGCCCGGGCUGGCUCGCCGACGGCGGCGGCGUCGUCUACCUCGGCCGGUGGCGCACCGGCGGGAUCGAGUGCGACGUGUGGGACAAGCUGGGGUUCGUCGUCUACUACCAGGAGGUCGCCACCGGGCGCCCCGUCCGCUGGAACUUCCUCGACAAGACAGGGAUACAGCAAUUCGUGAUGAGCUUCGAGGUCGGCGUGACCCUGGAGGACGAUUCCCAGUGGCAGGCGCCCGCACACUGCUUCCCUGCCGCCGCCGCAGACGAAGAUGAAGAGGAAGAGGAAGAUGAAGAACAGGAUGAGAUGAUCAAGAGCAGCUAUGAUCACAUUGAGGGUGUGGAUGACGGGCUCGACGCCGCCAGGUUACUCAGGAUGCUCGCAGGAGCUGCGGCGUUUUAGUUACCAAGUGGCUCGAAUUUUUGUGCAAACAUAUACUGGUACAGGCUUACAGCACAGUACUGUAUAAGAGAGUGUGGUUAAUUCAGGAAUUUUUCAAGAAGGGUUAAUUGGAUCCAUGCCACCCCUUACUAUUUC